AUGACGGAAAUAAGCGAGAAGGAUAACGAGCCCCAGCGGCGGGACCUCCAGAGACCACCGGCAACUGCACCCAGUCAGCCAGAGUCCAAGUUGCAGCGUCUGAAGCGCUCCCUCUCCUUCAAGUCGGUGAUGCGCAGUAAGAGUGUGGACAACUUCUUCCAGCGGAGCAACGGCGACCCAAGGCCCCCAUGCACGCUCAUCAUCGCCCCCCCGCCUUCACCGCCGCCCGCUCCGUCCGAGUCGCCUCUGGCCUACGAGCGAUCGCCCUCGCUCUCGCCGGCCGUCAGCCCCAUCCCGUCGCUGUCUCACUCGCCAAUCGUCAGCCCGUCGUUGCCCAAAGUUCAGUCUGUGGCGCCAGUCAAGACGCACAGUUUCCACGAGCACGUGUUCCGUAGGCCCACCAACUGCGAGAGAUGUAAACAUGUCAUACAAGGCAACUCCAAGCAAGGACUGCGGUGCAAAUCCUGCAAGAUGGCGGCUCAUCUUUGGUGCUCGUCGGAGCUGUCCCAGCAACCAUGCAAUGGCAAGACGGGAGCUUUUAAGCGAAACUUCAGCUCACCUCUACUAACCACAGAAUCGCUGGGCGUCGUCAGGGAGGCGCCUGAUGUGCAGGAAGUCGAUAGCACCACAGUGGACCCCAUUUACGAAGCGUUACGCUAUGGGACAUCACUGGCCCAGAUGAGUCGCUGCAGCUUUGGUAGCAUCUCUGAAUCGCCUUUUCAUGAGGAUGAAAAGCUUCCCGACAAGCUGGAGAAUCAACCAAUCGCAGAAGAGGAGACCAUUCCAGGAAUGCUUACACCUCCUGAAAGCGAGAAGGCAGAUUCUGAAGAACGAGUCAGCUUGAAGACUCCCAAGCGUGUGGAAAUCCAUUCAAUGCACACCUACGUGGCUCUUUACAAGUUUCUGCCUCAGGAGAACAAUGACUUGGAAUUACAGCCCGGCGAUCGAGUCAAAGUCACAGAUGACGCCAACGAGGACUGGUGGAAGGGGAAAAGCCGGAACAAGGUGGGAUAUUUCCCCGCCAACUUUGUGCAGCGGGUGCGUCCUGGCGAGCGGGUGUGGAAGGUCACGGCCAGUUUCCACGGCAACCGAGACAAAGGCCAGAUGACAGUGAAAGAGGCCCAGAUCUGCGUGGGCAAGAACGACGAGACGGACGGCUGCCUGCGGCUAAGCAGCGGCAAAAAGCGAGGCUUGGUGCCGAUGGACAUUUUGCUUGAAAUAUGA